CAUUGCCGACGAUUGCGGCUUGUUCUUGGUUUGACUGACGAGCCUGCUGCGCUAAUAUUUUGCAUUUUCACACAACAAAAUUCAGUAGAUAUUUAGCGGCGUUAACGAGCGGUUCAUAUUUGACGAUAAUUUAAUAAAAAAAAUAUAAAAGUGAAACUGUAAAAAAAUAUUAAAAAGCGAGAGUUUUGCUGUUAUUUAUAAAACAGAAGCAAAAAUUUAUUAAAAAUCAUAAUGCAGCAGAAUUUCGUAUUUUUAGUCUUCGCCAUCACAGUUUGUUCGAGCGUCGUUUAUGGACUACAAUUCACUGAUUGUGGUUCAAAAACUGGCAGUUUCACCAAAGUCGUCAUAUCGGACUGUGAUACCACCAAAAAUGAAUGCAUACUCAAGCGCAAUACAACGGCUUCGAUCACAAUUAACUUCGCGCUAAAUGAGAUUGCAUCGAAAAUUACAACGGUGGUGCAUGGCAAGGUGCUGGGCGUCGAGAUGCCGUUCCAUUUGCAGAAUCCCGAUGCUUGCGUUGACAGCGGACUUAAAUGCCCGCUUGAGAAGGGCGAAACAUAUGAAUAUAAAGCCACUUUGCCGGUGCUAAAGGCUUAUCCCAAGGUAAAUGUACUUGUUAAAUGGGAAUUGCAGGACCAGAACAGCGAGGACAUCAUUUGUGUACAAAUACCGGCUAAAAUACAAUAAAUAUGUAUCACGAAAAUAUAGUUAAAUAUGAAAAAACAAAAAUGUGUACAGUAUGUUAGGCAACUGUUCAUUUGACAAGUUGGAAAAGUUGGAAAUAAAUAAAUAAAACAUUUAUAUAUGUAUGAAUAUAUAAUAA